AUGGUCGCUGAUUAUGAAACAACAUCAACAGCAAUGACUUACUGUACGUACAUUCUAGCAACUAAAUAUGAGGUUCAGCAAAAACUUGAAGAAGAAGUCGAUGAACUCAAAGAACGUGGUAUCAACUAUGAUUCCAUUACAAAACUAACCUAUAUGGAUCUGUUUAUACGAGAAGUUCUUCGCAUGUUUCCCAUCACCACAGUUGGAAUCAUCAGACGAUGCAAUGAAACAACGAUUGUAUGUGGACAUACAGUCGACGAGAGUUCGUAUAAUAUACUUCUACGUAUGUUCUAUUCAUUAUAA